GGCGCCGAGCGCGGCACCUCUUCUCUGACAGCGCACGCACUGCUCUCAAAGGGUUUCGGAUUACGACUGAACGGAGACGUUGGACUUUUGGUCUUUUUGGUCUUUGGGGAGCGAAUGCGUACACACGGUUCGUCUUUGGUGAAUCGCGAUGCCCCACAGCGAAUGACAUUUCGUUUGGAGACAGACAUCCCUGAGGAAAUGAAUCGUCCUGUAAUGUGUUGUAUGUGAUGUGUUUCACGUGUCUGCGCGCCACAGUGAGGUAGUUUGACUGACACGUGUUCCCACGGACCGUUAAAUGCCCGGGAUCCGGCUUCGGGUGAUCUGUACGGUGGAUGCGGCGGAAAGAAAGACCGUUCUGUGAACACCGGGAGCAGGGACAAUAUGAAGUCUCUCAGAAAGUGGAAUUCCGCCCCGACCAUUUGGAUUAUUUACCCAGAGAUGAUUCUUUUUCCAGUUCUUUGGUUUUUAUCUCAAACUCGGGCGGCCCCGUCCAUAACAGCCGAGCAGAUGGAUAUGGGGGUGGAUUGGCUGAGCAAGUUUGGCUAUCUCCCUCCUCCUGAUCCUGUGAAUGGACAGCUACAGACUAAAGAGGCCCUGACGAGGGCCAUCAAAGCCAUGCAGAGGUUCGGAGGCCUGAAAGAAACUGGAGUGCUAGACCAAGCAACUUUGGGUUUGAUGAAGACCCCUCGUUGCUCGCUGCCAGAUGUGUCAGAGCCGGAUAUAUCAGCAGGCAGACGAAAACGAGCACUAGCUCCUCAGAAUAAGUGGAACAAGAGGCAUCUUUCCUGGAGGGUAAGGACGUUUCCAAAGGAGUCAGCUUUGCUGGGCCGAGACAUGGUACGGGCGCUUAUGUACUAUGCCCUGAAAGUGUGGAGUGACAUUGCUCCUCUCAACUUCCAUGAGGUGGCGGGGAACGAGGCAGACAUUCAGAUUGAUUUCACCAAAGCGGAUCAUAAUGACGGAUACCCUUUCGACGGCCCCGGUGGCACAGUAGCUCAUGCUUUCUUUCCCGGAGAACGAUUCACAGCGGGCGACACACACUUUGAUGAUGAUGAAGCCUGGACCUUCAGAUCGCCAGAUUCUCAUGGAAUGGAUCUUUUCGCAGUGGCGGUGCAUGAGUUUGGCCACGCCAUAGGGCUCGCACACACCUCUGCCAUUGAGUCCAUCAUGCGCCCAUACUACCAGGGGCCAGUGGGCGACCCGCUCAAGUACAACCUCCCGUACGAAGACAAGAUUCGCGUCUGGCAGCUUUACGGUGUUCGAGAGUCCGUAUCGCACACGACGCAGCCAGAUGACCCCUCUCAAACCGCCGAACCUCCCGUCCUGCUUGACCUCCCAGAAAACAGAUCCACGAUACCACCUGCCCCUGAUGCCCCUGAUAGAUGCACUAGCCACUUUGAUGCUGUAGCCCAGAUUCGAGGGGAGGCCUUCUUUUUUAAAGGGAAGUACUUUUGGCGUCUGACGCGUGAAAAGCACCUGGUGUCACUGAGGCCAGCUCAGAUCCAUCGCUUCUGGAGGGGUCUGCCUGCCAACCUGGACAGUGUGGAUGCUGUAUACGAGAGACCUGGAGACCACAAGAUAGUGUUCUUUAAAGGUGGGAAAUAUUGGGUGUUCAAGGAUAAUAAUGUUGAAGAGGGCUACCCACGGCCUGUCACAGACUUCGGACUGCCUGCGGAGGGAGUGGAUGCUGUGUUUGUUUGGCUGCAUAAUGAGAAGACCUACUUCUUCAAGGACAGCCGUUACUGGCGCUACGAUGACCAUCUGCGGCGUAUGGACCUCGGCUACCCAAAAGACACAGCUCUGUGGAAAGGGAUCCCAUCUCAACUGGAUGACGCCAUGCGGUGGUCUGACAGAGCGUCGUAUUUCUUCAAGGGAAAGGAGUACUGGCGUGUGGCGGGCAGCGAUAUGGAGGUUGAAGCGGGUUAUCCGCGUCCCAUCGGCAAGGACUGGCUGGUUUGCACAGAAAUGCAGUCAGACUCCCCGGAGAUGCAGAACAACUCGAACACGAGGCUACAUGGGCAGCACCACGCAGACCAUGCAGAAAAUGGCUACGAGGUGUGUUCCUGCACUUCGGACUCAGCCUCCCCUUUGGGGACGCGACUGACCCUCUCGCCCGCCUGGGUGUUAGCGCCACUCUGGACGCUUGCUCUCGCUCUCUCCUCUGCUCCUCUCUGAUAAGGGCAGAGCCACAGGCCUGUACUCAAAAAGACUCCAGGAGCAGAACACACAGCAGCCUGUGGGUAAAGAGAGCUCGAGAGGCUCUGGAAAAGCCUUUUGCCAGCGCUGGACUGACGGAAAGGCCUCAGCACUUCAAUCAAGAAAGCAAGUGGAUCACAUUUUCUUUUCUUUUCCAUUUUUUGGGGUUUGAUGCUUUUUAUUGUUGGUUUUCUAGAAACUGGAAAUUUUAUUAUUAUUAUUAUUAUUAUUGUUGUUGUUACUAUUACUAUUAUUAUUAUUAUUAUUAUUAUUUAGUGGUGCUUGCUAUUGCUUACAUGAACAAAUGGUGAAAAAUUGCUGAAGAUUGACUGACAGGCUAUUAAGAUGUAAAUGAGUUUGUUUCUCCAUCGGUACUGCAAAUGGGUGCCGUCGGAAUGAGUCCAAAAAGCUGAUAAAAAAAACAUUAAUAUAAUCCACAGGUAAUCCAGUUCAUCAGUUAACAUCUUCUGAAGUGAAGAUCUGCAUGUUUGUAAGAAACAAAAACAGUAAAUGGUGAACUGGAGUUGUGUGAAAUGUGGAUUAUUUUGCUAUUAUUUGUCAGUCGUUUGGACUCUGACGGCACCCAUUCACAGCAGAGAAUUCAUUAGUGAGUAAAUGAUGUAAUGUUCAAUUUCUCCAAAACUGCUGUUAUGAAGAAACAUGCUCCUUUACAUCUCGGAUGGCCCGAGGACGAGUAAAUUUUUUAGCAAAUAUUCAUUUACGGCUGAGCUAUUUCUUUAACACGAAGUAUUAAACUUCUAAGCAUAAUUUAUCUCACACCGUUUGUGCUACAGACAUGAGUGAUAUCUCAAAUCAUGUCGCUCGUCGAGGUGUGCUGUUAAUUUAUCAGACCUACAACUUCACCUGACAGACAAUAUAAAACAAUCGAAAAAAUCCUGCAGGAAAGUUAUGAGCCAUAUUUAGGAUCCAAAAUAUCAUAGAGACUUGUAAAAAGUCUUGGAAUACAUCCAUAUGUAACCCUUGCAACCGCAUAGCAGCAUUCUAGAAAUACAUUUUAGAGGAUUUUUUUUUUGCACAAGCAAGCAUUACUAAUAUUUUUAUUCUAAAAAAUAAAAUGUAUUAUUAUUAUUAUUAUUAUUAUUAUUAUUAUUCAAAAUGUGAUAACAUUCGUUAUCGGGUUAAUUUAAUUAUUUUGUGUUUUAGAAUAUGCUGAUUUCAGGAGAUUACAGUAACCAGCUAUCUGAGGCGUAUCCAGAGCCAGUAAUAGUAAUGAUCAUGAUGAUAAUGAUAAUGACGACAGUAGUGAUAUUGCUGAUAUCGGGAAGGCAGCAGAAUCCUCACAAAUAGGGCUUCCGGCUGGCUGCAGUUCAUAGGCAUCAUGGGAUACCAUGAGUCACAACCUGAUAACCUUCCCUCACUCCAAGUGCUUUAAAGAAUGCUGUCACUCAUCUGUAUUGGCACCUUUUUCGACUCGUUUCUUACUAAAAGCGUAAUCCUUUACUUAUCCUACGGGUUCCUUAUUGUAACCGUCUCCUCCUCAUCCUCUCUGAUCCCCCUAUUCCCAGUGUCUUAGCAUCUUUUUCUUAUUAUUCUGCCUUGUUCUAAGCAAUUACAUUUACUCUCAUCUUCAACGCCGACUGUUUUAGUAAUAACCACCACAAAAUCAUCACUCUAAAGCAAUGACGGUUAGGCAUAAUUGCAAUCGACUGUGUUUUUUUUUUUGUAAUAAACGCCACUAUCGUUUCGUUUAUCAAGGUCAUGCAUGAAGCUGGAUUCACGAAGCCUCCAGGGCUAGAAACAUUUGGUUAUACAAUUAUUUUUUUGUCUUGUUACAGUCUUUCCAACAGUUCCCACCGUCGGAGAGAGUUAUGAGAAAUAAUUCAACAGACUGGGAGGAUGUUUGACUCAUAUCCUGGGCUGCUGAGAGUGCACUCUGAUUAUAUAUGUAAAGAAAUGCUUAUAUACUAUAUAUAAAUACAUAUACAUAUAUAUAUUUAAGCUAAAAACUUUAUGGCAGUUGCAAAAAAAAAAAAAACAAUGUACAUUCUGGGCUGUCUUUUAUAAGGUGAAAUAUUUUUGUAGAAAAAUAAAGAAGAAUGAGCAAACUUG